GUGACGUGUCAGCGCGGAGUGAUAAAUGCCAGGAGUGACGUCAUCGCCCCGGCACAGGAAGAGGAGGAGUGCAAUAACGCAGAGGGGCCGCUACUGAAGGCCUUCUCCAGCCAGGAUGAUGCUGUCUGUCCGACACAUCUUUCGUUUGUCCCUUCCCUCCCCUGCUCCAGCGGUCACCUUUGCCAGGUUUAACUCUACAGCACCUGAACAGGCGCCAAAGAAGACAAAGUUUGGGCCCUUAAACGAUGAGGACCGAAUUUUCACUAAUCUAUAUGGCCGUCAUGAUUGGAGGCUGAAGGGGGCUAUGAGCCGUGGUGAUUGGUACAAGACCAAGGAAAUUCUGGUGAAAGGAGUGGAUUGGAUAUUGGGGGAGAUGAAAGCUUCGGGCCUGCGUGGAAGAGGAGGUGCUGGCUUCCCUACAGGGCUCAAAUGGAGCUUUAUGAACAAGCCAUCUGAUGGACGGCCUAAGUAUCUGGUGGUGAAUGCAGAUGAAGGGGAGCCAGGCACCUGUAAGGACCGCGAGAUCAUGAGACAUGAUCCCCACAAGCUGGUGGAGGGGUGCCUGGUGGCAGGCCGCAGCAUGGGUGCACGGGCAGCUUACAUCUACAUCCGAGGAGAGUUCUACAACGAGGCAUCCAACCUACAGGUGGCCAUCCAAGAGGCUUAUGCUGCAGGGCUUAUCGGUCGCAAUGCUUGUGGCUCGGGAUUUGAUUUUGAUGUGUUCGUGGUGAGAGGAGCUGGAGCGUAUAUCUGUGGGGAGGAGACUGCUCUAAUUGAAAGUAUUGAAGGAAAGCAAGGGAAGCCCCGCCUCAAGCCUCCGUUCCCCGCUGACGUUGGAGUAUUUGGCUGCCCAACAACUGUUGCUAAUGUAGAGACGGUUGCUGUGGCUCCCACCAUUUGCCGGCGCGGAGGCUCCUGGUUUGCCGGUUUUGGCCGUGAAAGAAAUUCUGGAACCAAACUGUUCAACAUCUCUGGACAUGUCAACAAUCCGUGUACCGUGGAGGAAGAGAUGUCCAUCCCACUCAAGGAGCUGAUAGAAAGACAUGCCGGAGGUGUUACUGGUGGCUGGGAUAACCUACUGGCUGUGAUUCCUGGCGGCUCCUCCACCCCUCUCAUCCCACGUUCUGUAUGUGAGACUGUCCUCAUGGACUUCGAUGCUCUAGUCCAGGCACAGACUGGCCUGGGCACCGCUGCAGUCAUUGUGAUGGAUAAAUCUACAGACAUUGUCCGAGCCAUUGCUCGCCUCAUAGAGUUCUAUAAACAUGAAAGCUGCGGUCAGUGCACGCCCUGCAGAGAAGGGGUCGACUGGAUGAAUAAGGUCAUAUGGCGAAUGUGCAAAGGGAACGCCCGUGAGGCAGAGAUCGACAUGUUAUGGGAGAUCAGCAAGCAAAUCGAGGGCCACACCAUCUGUGCAUUGGGAGAUGGUGCCGCAUGGCCUGUACAGGGUCUAAUCCGCCAUUUCCGUCCCGAGUUGGAGGAACGAAUGAAACUGUUUCACGCAGCGAAGAGACAACAGGCCAGCGUCUGAGAACCCAGGAGAAUUAAGAUGACAUAAUGGAAUUUAUUUUAUUUAACAGCGCAAAUAAGUGCAUGAGGACCAUGUGAUGUUUGUGCUAAUAAACCUCUACUUUCUAAGCUGA